GUAAGCGGCAUAAAGCUAAUUUCUAAAAAGGAAUAUGGCGCUGCCCAGUUAUCAUGUAUCUAACGCUAAUCUGGAUAUCUGGGGAAAUGGUCUUUGUCCCGGACAGAUUCAACGUUCUCCUUACGCUGCUACACACGCUGAAGAGAUGAAUCCAGUCAAGCAAACCCUGUCUCCAAUUGUCACUGGAACGUCUGUUCUGGGUGUUGCUGUUAAAGAUGGUAUCUUACUUGCCGCUGAUACUCUUGGCUCCUAUGGUAGCUCGGCUCGCUUCAAGAACUGUUCUCGGGUUAUGAAAGUCAAUGAAUCUACAGUGCUUGCUGCUGGUGGAGAUGUGGCUGAUUUUCAAUAUCUGAAAACUAUAAUAGAACAACGUGUAAAUGAUGAGAAUUGUUAUGAUGAUGGCUUCAAUUACAAUCCCCGAAGUUUGUUUUCAUGGUUGACCAGAGUCAUGUACAACCGCAGAUCAAAAUAUGACCCAUUGUGGAAUACAUUUGCCAUUGGAGGAAUGCAUGAAGGAAAACCAUUCCUUGGUUAUGUUGACAAAAUUGGCAUAGCAUAUACAUCUGACACUCUAGCUACUGGCUUUGGGGCUUAUUUGGCUCGUCCUAUAUUAAGAGAUGCUCUUGAGAAAAACCCAGACAUGUCAAUGAGUGAGGCCAAAACUCUUAUAAUGAAAGCUAUGAAAAUUCUGUUUUACCGAGAUGCUCGUUCCCUUAACAAGUUUGAAAUUGUGUCUGUGACUAAAGAUGGUGCAACUAUAGAGGGACCACUUUCUGCAAAAGUUGACUGGAGUAUUGCAAAUUUGAUCUGUGGUUAUGAAUAAACAUCCAGGAUAUAUCAUUCCAGUCAUGUACUUUUUCUUUUAUUCACUCAUUUUAAUAUUUCUUCAAUAAAAAUCAAUGUUAAGCUUU